CCCGUUGGAGUGGCGCGGCGCGGGCGUUCUCUAACGCCACUGAAUGCGUAUACGCGUCAGUCGGUGUGUGUAUCGUAUUGUGUGUGCGGAAUUAGCUGUAUGGUGUGCACUGUAAAGUGUACACAUAUGUAUCGCUACAAAGCGCUCUCAUGUUUGCCGUGGUACUCUACUGUUUCAGUUGUACCAAACAUUCCUCCUUUUCUUGAACUGCCAGAGACUCAAUGGUCGCACAGGAUGGCAGGGAUUUCUCGGUUUUUCUGCACAGUUAAUUGUGUUGACAAUCACCAUAAACGUCGUUGAGUUGAUUGACAAAGCGGGAUUAUACUGAAUACUUCCCCUGAUCUCAUUAAAUAUUCUCAAAUUUUUUUCCCCAACAAACGGGACAAUGAACUCCCAUUUCGACUGGUCGGCCGAUUUCGGCUCGGUGACGGAAACGACGUCGUUGUUGCCCGAUUUUAACCACCUGUCUUUCUUCGCAGCGUCCGGCGGGGGCCUGGGUCCCAUCGGACCGCCUCCCGGUAUGGCCUCAACGACGACGGUGGGCGGGGUGGGGGGCGGUGGUGGGGGAAUGAUGCCGCCGGCGGUGUCUCUGCCACCCAUCCAGAACCUUAGUCUGGGCGUCAGUCCGACCACGCCGCAGACACCGACCACCAUGUCGCUCAUGUCACAGACGUCCAUGACCUCCAGCCAGCCGGCCCCCCAAAUGCCCGUCAGUGUUAUUCCCAGUGUGCCCAUGGAGUUUGCCUGUCCGCGCCGGCCCAAUGUGGGGCAAGAGGGACGGCUCAUUCUGCUGCGCGCCAAUCAUUUCCAGUUGCAUGUGCCGCGGGGGUUUAUUCAUCAUUACGAUAUCUCCAUCCAGCCGGAUAAAUGUCCACGGCGGGUCAAUCGGGAGAUCAUUGAGACGAUGGUGCAGGCCUAUUCGCAUUCCAUUUUCAACGGACAGAAGCCGGUGUUUGACGGGAAGAAGAAUCUGUAUACAAGGGAUGCGCUGCCCAUUGGCAAAGAGAAGAGAGAACUGGAGGUUACGCUCCCCGGCGAAGGCAAAGACAGGGUGUUCCGUGUAGCCAUCAAAUGGAUAGCCAAGGUGAGCCUGUACGACCUAAAGGAGGCCCUGGAGGGAUCGCGGCCCAUGCCGCCCGAGUGUUUGCUGGCGUUGGACGUCGUCAUGCGACAUCUGCCGAGUAUGACAUACACGCCGGUGGGACGGUCCUUCUUCUCCUCCCCGGAUGGCUAUUACCAUCCGUUGGGGGGCGGCCGGGAAGUAUGGUUUGGCUUCCACCAGAGCGUACGACCGUCGCAGUGGAAGAUGAUGCUCAAUAUUGAUGUUUCGGCGACAGCGUUUUACAAGGCGCAGCCCGUGACGGAGUUUAUGUGCGAAGUGUUGGACGUACGGGACAUCAACGAGCAAAAACGACCGCUUAUCGAUUCACAGCGCGUCAAAUUCACCAAGGAGAUCAAAGGUCUGAAAAUUGAGAUUACCCACUGUGGCCAAAUGCGCCGCAAAUAUCGGGUCUGCAAUGUGACGCGUCGACCGGCCCAGCAUCAGACGUUUCCGCUGCAACUGGAGAACGGACAGACGGUCGAGUGCACUGUGGCCAAAUACUUUCUGGAUAAAUACAAGAUUCGCCUCCGGUUUCCUCAUCUUCCGUGCCUACAAGUCGGCCAGGAGCACAAACACACAUACCUUCCCCUGGAAGUGUGUAAUAUUGUGGCUGGCCAGCGCUGUAUUAAGAAAUUGACCGACACCCAGACAUCCACCAUGAUCAAAGCCACAGCCCGUUCGGCUCCGGAUCGUGAACGCGAAAUCAAUACCCUGGUGCGCAAGGCCGACUUCAACAAUGACCCCUAUGCUCAGGAGUUCGGCAUCCAGAUCCAAAACCAGAUGACGGAAAUCCGCGGCCGGGUCCUGCCGCCGCCCAAGAUCCAGUACGGUGGUCGGAUGAAACAGCAAGCCAUACCUAAUCAGGGAGUCUGGGAUAUGCGCGGCAAGCAGUUCCAUACCGGCGUGGAGAUCCGGGUCUGGGCCAUUGCCUGCUUUGCGCCGCAGAAAAUGUGCCGGGAAGAUGCCUUACGAACUUUUACCCAGCAUCUGCAGCGGAUCAGCAGUGACGCUGGGAUGCCAAUCGUGGGCCAGCCGUGCUUCUGCAAGUACGCCCAGGGCGCCGACCAGGUGGAGCCCAUGUUCCGUUAUCUCAAGAGCACAUUCCACGGACUACAGUUGGUGGUAGUGGUGCUGCCGGGGAAGACGCCGGUCUAUGCGGAAGUGAAGCGUGUGGGUGACACGGUACUGGGCAUGGCCACGCAGUGCGUGCAGGCCAAGAACGUCAACCGCACCUCACCGCAAACCCUUUCCAAUCUCUGUCUAAAGAUCAACGUCAAACUGGGGGGCGUCAAUAAUAUCCUAGUUCCUAGCAUUCGUCCAAAGAUCUUUAACGAGCCAGUGAUCUUCUUCGGGGCCGACGUGACGCAUCCGCCGGCGGGUGAUAGCAAAAAGCCGUCCAUUGCAGCUUGCGUGGGCAGCAUGGACGCCCAUCCGAGCCGGUACGCGGCGGCGGUGCGCGUCCAACAGCACCGGCAGGAAGUGAUUACGGAUCUGUCGUCCAUGGUGAAGGAGCUGCUCAUUCAGUUCUACAAAUCCACACGUUUCAAGCCCAAUCGCAUUGUCUUCUACCGGGACGGAGUCAGUGAGGGACAGUUUCUGACGGUUCUGAAUCAUGAGCUGCGGGCGCUGCGGCAGGCGUGCGUGGAACUGGAGAUCGGCUACCAACCGGGCAUUACCUUCAUCGUCGUGCAGAAGCGCCACCACACUCGAUUGUUUUGCGCUGAUAAGAAGGAACAGAUUGGCCGGAGUGGAAACAUUCCGGCGGGAACGACCGUGGAUGUGGGCAUUUGCCAUCCAACUGAAUUUGAUUUCUAUCUUUGCAGUCAUGCGGGAAUCCAGGGCACCUCUCGUCCGUCGCACUACCAUGUCCUGUGGGACGACAACGGCCUGAGCGCCGACGAACUGCAGCAGCUGACGUACCAGUUGUGCCACACGUACGUGCGCUGCACACGCAGCGUCAGCAUCCCCGCCCCGGCGUACUACGCACACCUGGUGGCAUUCCGGGCCCGCUACCAUCUGGUGGAGAAGGAGCAUGAUAGCGGCGAAGGCAGCCACCACUCCGGCAACAGCGACGACCGCGCCCCUUCGGCCAUGGCCCGCGCCGUCCAGGUGCACAAUGACGCCAACAAGGUCAUGUAUUUUGCCUAGAAAUCAGUAGUCCUCGUUCCCUCCUCUGCGAUCUGACAACUGCCACCGCCAGGAUUUAAUCUUGUUUGAUACCAAAAAAGCACGCGCGCCUGUUUGCCUCAUUGGUUGGACGAUGUAUUACGUGUUUUCCCUGUGUGUGGGUGUGUUUGCGUUUUUUAUCCGAUCCGAUCUGUGCCUGUCUUCACAAGCGUCUUCUCCACUGUAUCCUCUCUCCUCCGCCGCGGCAAUAGACUGAUCCUGUUCUCGGUGAGGGGCUUCUGCACUUUCAGUCUAGUCACUUUCGGGGCCUGGAUUUAAUGUGACCAUGAUUUUUCGGGGGAUUUCUUUCCGUGUUUGUUUUUGACUCGUGUUAAUGACCCGGUUGGAUUGCUGCUGCUGUCGUCGUCUCUUUCGCCUGACUGACACAAACACUCACGUAACCUCCUCUCUCUGACCCAAAACCCUGCCUUGGUUGUAGUUUUUCUACACGUACACACACAAUUUUAACUGCUUGGCGCUUCCUUCAAUUUGGCCGGUAUUUUCUGUGUUUUUUGUCCCGAAAGAUGUUUCCGCGCCCGAUUGUGUUUCGGUGUAUUAUUACGUCGUCGUCGCUGGAAUGGGAAUCCCGCCACCAUUCAGUGCCGGUUUUUAGUUUUACUCUGUCGCAUUCUCCAGUUUUUUUGUUUGUUUGUUGGUUAUGGCCGUCAGUGUGUACAUAUGUUGGGCGAACCUCGAGAAAUUGAUCCACUCGUCAACAGCAGUGGCUGUCAUCUUUUAGUAAUAUCGGAUAGUGUAAUAUCUCAUUUCUGUCUCGGUUGCCUGUGUAUCCGCACUUACUGUGUAUUAUGUCUCUGGGUUUUCUGCCGUUUUUUUGACAAGUUUUAAAGAUGCUUUGUGUAAUGCAAAACUUCACUAUGGAUAUAUAUGUUUUUGACCGAUGCCGCAUUUCACGUUUGAUGCUAUAAUGGUUUUAUUCUUCAAUAAAAACUAUCGGUAACGGUGU